AGAAUGGGCGUUUGAGGGUGGGGUGACUCAGCCGGAAAAGGAGCAUUUUUUAAACACCUAAUAACCUGCGGAACCGAGUUCACUGACACCCAAAUGCCCGGUCCCACCGAAGCCCUUUCCCCAAAUGGAGAGAAUAACAACGACAUCGUCCCGGACAACGGAACCAACAUCAUUCCUUACAGGAAAAAUACGGUGCGAGGAGAGCGCGCCUACAGUUGGGGGAUGGCGGUCAACGUAUAUUCUACCUCAAUAACCCAGGAGACUAUGAGCAGGCAUGACAUCACUGCCUGGGUCAACGAUCUCGUCAGUCUCAACUACACGAAAGUGGAGCAGCUCUCCUCAGGAGCUGCGUAUUGCCAGUUCAUGGAUCUGCUCUUCCCUGGCUGCAUCAGUCUUAAGAAGGUCAAGUUUCAAGCUAAAUUGGAGCACGAGUACAUUCACAAUUUCAAACUGCUGCAGGCCUCCUUCAAACGGAUGAAUGUGGACAAGAUUAUUCCUGUAGAGAAACUGGUCAAAGGCAGAUUUCAAGACAAUCUCGAUUUCAUCCAGUGGUUCAAGAAGUUCUUUGAUGCCAAUUACGACGGUAAAGAGUACGACCCAGUUGCAGCCAGACAGGGUCAGGAUGCCAUUCCCCCACCUGACCCCGGUGAGCAGAUCUUCAACCUGCCGAAGAAGUCCCACCAUGCAGCCAGCUCCCCCACUGCAGGAGCGUCGAGGUCGAGCUCCACAACCCCCAAGAUCGCAACCCCGACAUCCAGACCUUCGUCCGCCAAAAAGAUCCCUGCACUUGCGACACCGAUUCCUGCCAAAGGAGAGAAGGAACUGGAAGCACAGGUCACUCAUCUUACCGAGCAGAUGGAGACAUUAAAGUCGGCACUGGAAGGAGUGGAGAAGGAGAGGGACUACUACUUCAGCAAGCUGCGAGAGGUGGAGCUGCUGUGCCAGGACCAGGGGGAAGAAAACGCUCCGUUUGUCGAUCAGCUGAUGGAGGUCCUUUACGCUACAGACGAACAGGAGGGAGCAGAGCUGGCUGAGGGCGACGGACAGGAAGUGGAUCAGCGAGCCCACGAGGAGGCGCCGAAUGAUCAGCAGGAGGAGCAGGAUGAAUACUGACCGCCACCAUCUCUCACCGCAGCGACACCCCUCUUUUUUUAAAUAUGUGAGAACUGUUACAGGAUUUUGAUUCUUUUUUUUUCCCUCAUGGUUUUCCUUUUUUGUUCUCUUUAAGACUGAGCACAUGAAGCAAACAUCCUGAGUAGAAGCAACGGCAGUUUUUUUUUUAUCGUCAUUUUUUGUAUCCCUCUGCUCACUGUUCAAUGUUUUUCGUGACCUCGUGGUGAACUGCUGGGGAAGGUUAGUGGUAAUAACCUCCACCAGCGGAACAAGCUCAGACCAUCACAGAAGUUUCUAAGGGACUGUGUGUGCGUGUGCGUCUGUGGGUGUGUGUCUGCGGAAACUCAAUUCAAAUCCUACAGUAGACGUGAUGAAACGCUGAAGUUUAGACGGGUAACUGUUUACCUGCCAGUGCAAAGUGUUAACUUCCCAACUUCUCUCCUUCUCAUUUUAGUUUUUUAUUUUAUUUUGCAUAUCAAAAAUAAUAAUCACAAUACCGCAAUAAGCAAAGCCCUGAAAGGGCUCGUAGUAGCUCUUAUUUAACCUCCUUUCAUAUGUUGCACUGACAUUUGAUUCUGUAUUGGACAAUCUGUCCGUAGACUCUCACCAUAUUUAUUAUUGUUAAGCCUUAGAAAUAGUGCGAGGUUCUGCAUUGCACCCUGGCGAAGGACGACGGUACAGUCAAUGAAUUGUGAAUACAAUGUAGUACAAUGCCAAGUUUUGACUGUUUGACGACUGUCCUCGCAAAUUUUUCGAGAUUUCCGAUAAUCAACAAUGUGUUAUUCAAACCACGCAGGGCAGUCUGGUGAUGUAGUUGACCUGGAAUGCCAUAAACGUAGGGAAGAAACGCUAUUGUGGACUAGUUUUAUUAUGAUGCAGCAUUUUAAGUUAGAAACCUCAGCUGAAAACUUGACAACUGGUCUGUUCAGAUUUUCAAAGUUCUGUAAAGUCUUUUUUUUAUUGUUUCUAAACCACAGGUUUUAGGAAGAGUCGGUUCACUGAGUAAUUUGCCAUGCUAUAUUCCAGUUAGUACAUCGUAUACCCUUUCUUAAUAUUGCAUUUACUAAUAUUGAACUUGGCAGUGCACCAUAAUGCUUUAGUUAUAUAUUAUUAUGUAAAUGAAAAAGAAUGUAAACAUGUACUGUCAAUAAUUAAUGAAUGGUAAAUGUUUUUUGUUUUUUUUCACGUCCCACUCAUUAUGCAUUCCCCAAAAAACGUGUUGCAUGUGUGCAUUUUAUUUGUGAAUAACUUGACCUGCUUUUUACAUAUUUAAUAAAAAAAACCCAAGUAUGUUAA